AAUUAAAAACAGUUUUGAAUUGUAUACAAAACUUAUUACUUAAUCAUCUUUCCAAUUGAUAGAAACCAAUUAAAAUAUAUGCGCAAAUUUUUAAAUUGAGAGUUACACCGCUAGUUAUAUUCAUCAUCGUUAGAUGGCGCUAGCAACAUCAUUUCAAAUUGUUCGUUUACGGUGCGUGUUCCUAUAUGUAUUUAAAAAUCUUGUGUUCCAUUGCAAAUACGAAUUUUUAAUAUAUUUGUCUUAUUUUAUCAACGUGAUAUCUUACAGAUUAAAGAGACCUGUUAAUGUUCUAGUACGAAACGCUUAUUUACAUACAAACUACAGCAUUAGCAGUAAAAUUGUGGUUCAACGAACGAAGAGUAUGCUAGAGACGACUUGUGUGAAGCAGUUGACGGAUCGACAGACGCAGUUCGGCAAUGCGCGCAAAUUGGAUUUAUCGGAAUGCAUCUUUGUGUUCAAGGGUUCGCAAUCGGAUUACGAGGAACCAUUGUCGGACGAGGAGGUCGAUCUGAAGCCUCUGCGGGAAGCGACGAUCGCCGUCCCGACUCCGAAGAUCUCCGAGAAGCGGAAGGCGGAGGAAGCCGACGCCAGCAAGGACUUGAAAAAGGCGAAAUUGGAAACGAAAGCUUUGAAAGCGAAGAGGCCAGGAUUCACAGACGAACGGUACAAUGAAACCAGUUAUUACGUGGAGAACGGCCUGCGGAAAGUGUACCCUUACUACUUCACCUUCACCACGUUCACGAAAGGAAGAUGGGUGGGUGAGAAGAUCCUCGAGGUAUUCGCCAGAGAAUUUCGAGCACAUCCGGCAGAAGAAUACGAACGUUGCAUUCGUGCAGGCACUUUGACGGUGAACUAUCAAAAGGUGGACGUCGAUUACAGAUUACGACACAACGAUCUGCUGGCCAACGUCGUCCAUAGACACGAGGUGCCUGUCACCUCGGAGCCGAUCACGGUGAUACACAUGGACGAGGACGUCGUCGUGGUCAACAAGCCCGCCUCCAUCCCUGUGCACCCGUGCGGACGAUACCGACACAACACGGUAGUCUUCAUUCUGGCGAAGGAGUACAAUUUGAAGAACCUGAGGACAAUCCACAGGCUGGAUAGACUGACCAGCGGUAUUCUCCUUUUCGGUAGAACGCCGAAGAAAGCGAGGCAGAUGGAGCACCAAAUAAGAAACAGACAGGUUCACAAGCAAUACGUCUGCAGAGUGGAAGGCGAGUUCCCCGAAGAGGAAGUGGUCUGCUCCGAACCGAUCGAGGUGGUAUCCUACAAGAUAGGCGUGUGCAAAGUCUCCGAGAAAGGGAAGGACUGUGUAACCCGUUUCAAGCGUCUUAGCUACAACGGCAAGUCGUCCGUGGUGCUGUGCAAGCCUCAAACGGGACGAAUGCAUCAGAUCCGUGUCCAUCUUCAAUACCUGGGCUACCCAGUGGUAAACGAUCCUCUCUACAAUCACGUUGUAUUUGGUCCUGAAAAAGGAAAGGGCGGUAACAUCGGGAAGACCGAUCAGGAGCUGGUCAGAGAUCUGAUCAGCAUCCACAAUGCAGAAAAUUGGCUUGGCAUGGAUGGAGACUCGGAGAUGAGUCUGUUCAAGCCAAAAUUAGACAUAGAGGAACGCGUGUCGUUGAACAACGACAAGGAUGGAUCCUCUCCAUCCUCGACGCCUGGCCUAGGCGAGGAGGAACAGCAACAACAACAGGAACAAUCGCUGAAGGUGACGGUAGGCACGCAGACUGGAUCAGAACCGCCGGAUUCUAGUUUCACGAACGACAAGAUGACGGUAGAUCCGCACUGCUACGAGUGCAAAGUGAAGUACAGAGACCCGAAACCAUCCGAUUUGGUCAUGUACCUGCACGCGUGGCGCUACUGCGGUCCAGGCUGGGAAUAUGAGACUCCGCUUCCGGCUUGGGCAGCCAGCGACUGGACCGAAGAAGACCGAUAGUUCUGGUCCACGAAGCAUCGAAACGAGCUGUCAUCACCCUUCGUAUCCCUUUUUGAUAUCCUUACCCCGUGCCUUCCAUCCGCCAGCGAGCGAUCUCGACCAUCGUACAUGUACCCAUCCCUGUGACCAGGUCGCUGGACUCGCGAACGAACGAGAGACCUCUCGGUUGGUCCUCCGAGAUUGGUGUCGCGUCUGGUCUGCGCUGAUAUUCGAGGCUCUUCGCGCUGGCAAUAUCGCGGUGAAUCUGUCGGGAUCGUUUCCAGGAUGAUUCUCGACGAAUGACAGGUUCACCCGUGGUAUUCCGAACGUCGUAGAUCAUAAACGAGGAAGAUCGAUGGAUGGCGAACUAUGAGCGUCACAGCGUUAAUUGGCUUGAGACGAAGCGAAAGUUUGCGUGAGACAGCCUGCAGGUGUUCCGACGAAUCUUCCAGGAACGUUUCAGGCCGUCCUUGAUCCGUUGUUACGACGCGCGAUCGAUCUAGAACAGAGCUGCACAGGGUAGAGUGCUGUUCGCCAAUUCCUUUUACACCAUAAUUUACUCGCUAUUGAUAUUAGAGAGUCGAUACGAAGCGACGGUCGUACAUCGUACAAGAUUAUCUUUUUUAUAAUUUUACAACUUUACGUUAAAGAGGAUAAUCGAACGAUUUAUAGUUCAUGAAAUUUGCUUAUAGAAUUUCAUUCGCCUCGUUAUCAAACUUAUUCCACGAGAUACGUGACAUCACUGCCCAUAAUUUUGUCCUCCUAAGAACCAUUACACAAUUCUGAUUUAGGAUAACGUAGCAUCGAUUAGAAUUCGCGUGGUUCGAUCUCAAUCGGUGGUAUCGUGGUUAUCCCAUGGGGAAGUAUAGAUUCUCGUCCAGGAUGCGCCGAUGAAUAGCGUAAAAAGAUCGAAGCAUCAACGUGGCACGGGGCGACGAAACGGUCCUGAUCGGUUCUGUAAACGGGUCGGUCGAACAGUCACUGCCACUGGUGCGCGCACGAGAGAAGAUUGAUGCAACUGUCAACCGCGAAAGCCCGAAUGGAUCGUUAUCGUUCGUGUCCUUGAUUUAUGAUGCAGAUAGGAACAAGGAAAGCCGACGAUCUUUUCUAUUACUCAGGUCUCCUGCGACUGGGAAUCUUUAUGCUUCUGAUCUCGAAAGAAACCACGCUCGAAACCCAGCUCGAAAUCCCUUUUAUGGAUCUUCUUCCAGCGAAUGAAGAGGGUUCGUUCUUUGCUUAUUUUUUUCUUUUUUUUUUUUUUACUUUCUAUUGGUAGAAUAUACAAGAUCGAAAUAGUUCCUUCGAAAUAUCACGGGCAAUUAGUAACGCCAUUUAACGAAGAUGAUUGCUAUUUUAUGUUUCCUUUUUCCUUAUUAUCAAAGGGAAUUAAAUAAUGUUUAUCGGUUAUGUAACAAAUGCUUCAUUCUAUCAAUCGAGAGAUAUAACGAAACUUUGAAAUGUAUUAUGGAAACUGUAUUACAGAGUACCGCAAACCCCUUAACGCAAAGCGAUCUACCCUCAUUCCCUUAAUUAGAAACGCCUGCAGUCACCUUUCCAGUAGUUAUGGCAAACGAUCUUCUGUGUAUUUCUUAAUCAGAUUAUCUAAACGUAGAAUAGCUACAGUAACGUCAUUCCCUGAUCCAAGCUACCCAGAAGCCCGUAGAUCAGCAAAAUUCAAUUCUACGACUAAUAACAUCCAUUCUACCAUGCUUUCAACAAUGUCUUACCUUUAACAACCGUUUCAGAAAUCUCUACAAUCACCAUCCAUCCACUUGUUCUUUCACAAACGCUCAUCACGCAAACCAGGAUAAAAAAGACAAGAUCGUGAUCGAAAAUUGUUUAAUCCUUUAACGAUGUAGCUUGAGAUACUUGAGUCUUCGAACGUUAUCAAAUAACGUUAUUAAUAUUUAUUUCUUAUAAAAGGUUGAAAGUACGUAUUUUUAUACCUAUUCUCUUAUAUUCAAUACCAGAAACGCAAAAAAUUCGAAGGGUAAACAGAUAAUUGUUGUUUAAAUCGUUCGUUUUGAAUUUACUAUUCUGUUGUUACCGUGAAAAUGUCAAGAAUGUUUAAGAAUCAUCAUCGACCAGCGUUCAUCCUCGAGAACCGCGCAGACAAGGGGCUGACGUAGGAAACUGCAAUAUAGACGCGUCUAUUUUUAUGGCUGAUUAUAUAUACAGGAAACUAAAUAGUGGCGCAGGUCCAGCGGCAGAGGUCUCCAACAAUAAGCGUGAUCUUGCCAGGAGGAUAUAGCCAACGAUCAUGCCAAAGAGCGCGAGCGCGUCCGGCGAACGAGAGCGAGUGUAUCGGAGAUGGAGUGAAAAAUAAUAAAUGUAUGUGUGUGUAUAUGUAUGAGAGAGGGAAAGAGAGAGCUUCUUUCAAGCCAUAUCGUGUACGUGUACCUUGUUCCCGCGCGUCGAAUAAGACCGCGUCCAAGUGGCAGGACUUGCAACAAGUACAAUCGAGCGAGUGAAAUAACGAGAUUAACGUCGUUACGUACAUUAUUUUGCUACGAGUCACGUUCGUCUCCUUUAGCGGGGCUAUACAUAGGCUUUUAUCGCGUGUUCGGGAUAUCUGGAAGAGGUGAUGAGAAUGGUAAACCUUUCGGAUCUUUUAAUUGUUUGAAAGAAUUAUAUUCUGGGCCAAAGAUGAAGCUUGUUGUCAUUUGAUCGUAUCACAUAUCCUUUUAUAUCCCGCUGUAUCAUUUCUAUUCAUUUUUAUUCUUCUGAUAGAAGAUCGUACGAACCCUUUCACCGAAGCUUUGAUCGAUUCUUUUCAUUCAAAUUUUAUAUCAUUUGGUAAUCUGUCUUAUGGCUCAUUGAAUGAUACACGGAGAAUGGAUAGCUUCAAGCGGAUUUUGACGUUACGAAUUAUGCGAUUCGUGUGACUCAGUUUCGUAAAUUGCGUUCUUUUGGGGAAGUUUUGGAGGAAGUUGGAAGAAAGUGGAUCCUAACGGUAAAAGACGUGCUCAAGAGAACACGGUUUACAUAAACGCCAACAACGUUAAAGUUGAAAUAGCAAGAAGGGAACAAAAAUCAUCUUUUAUACGAAAGCUUUGUAAUAAUCGCGAGCUAUUAAAUAAAUUAUCGAAUGAGAGAAUGGAACAGGAUGAGAAGACACGAAAAGAUAAAAAGAGAACAGUUCUCGUUACCUCUCCGGAUUCUUGUAAGCAACAGACAAAACAGAGAUCAGUGAACAGAGAUUUUAGAUAGAUAGACGUAGGAGGGAGAUAACGUAAUAACGGACCUAUCAUAAAAGACAGUGUGUGCGCUUACUAACCCAACGGGAUAGCUUGCGGCGAGAGACGAAAUGAAAGAAAAAAAAAAACAAUAUAGCAAGCUAUCCCGAUAUUGUAACAGCUAGCUUAAUUUUAUUUAAGUAAAAGAAAAAGAAGGGAAGAACUAACUCUCAAAUAUAUAUCGAAUGAAAGAAAGACAAAGAGAAAAAAGGAAUAAAAAAAAGAGAAAAGAGUAAGGACGAAAGGAGAAACUCCAAAAGACAGUCUCGACUUGGUAGCACAGAGACAAAAGGAGAAAAAGGGGGAGAGAGAAUGUGUGAGAGAGCGAAAGAGAGAGAGAGAGAAAGAGAGAGAAUGUGUGUGUGUGUGUGUGUGUUGAAAGAGAGAGAGAGAGAGAGAGAGAGAAUGAAAGAGAAUGAAAGAGAAAGACAUCGGUCUGUAAAUCGAGCGAACGCUUUUGUAUGUAUAUACAUAUAUAUAUUGUAUAUUGUAUACGCACAUUGUACUGUAAUCUGAGCGACAUAAUUGUCUGUAUCCGUAGUCAGCGGAAACGUUAGAGCUAGAAAAACUUUUUUCUUGUAUAAUGAACGAAUAAAUGUAAAGUAUCGUUCGGUA